AUGGACGGAGCUGGAUUCCAAGGCAUGCCAAAGUUCGCCCUCACACCUGCAGAGGAAGCCCUUAUUCCCCGACCCCACUCCUCUGCCUCACAGGUCGCCACUGCGGUACCCUCCACUUACACCCGCAAAGGCUCUUCCUCUGCCGCCUCGUCUCCGCUGCACUCGCGUCACCACCACCGACCCCAGUACCAACGCAAACACAACGAUAACAGUGGCGAUACAAACCACCCUUACUCACCCGCGUCUCCUCUUACCAGCGACAACAGCCAGAACAGUCCAACACAUCCUUCAUCCUCUUCACAUGCCUUUGUCGGGCGUGGCUCACUUGACUCGUACCCCCAUCGAGGAUCGACCACCCAACUGUCUCAGAGCCAUCAAGAGUCCUGGGAGAGCUCUGUUCGUGUCGAUUCUCCCGAGCCAAUGACCGACUCGGACGACUCCUACCACGCUUCAAAAGAUAUCCCUUACAAACCUCGUCGGUCUACCACUCAAGGAUUCUUUGGCAGUCGUCGAAGAUCUGCUAUUGCCAACUCUAACAGCAACUACAAAAACACGGCAGAGGGCCUUUCGAGGAAAAGUCUUGAGUUGGACCGUCCAAACCGGAACAGUCAGGAUUCACCCGAAGGGUCAUCUUCUCAGCCUGCAAAGACCAAACCUACCGGGCAGAACGACAUCUCGGAUGAGGAGAGACAGGAGCCCAGACGGAGCCGGUCAGGAUGGCGCCCAUCGUUAUCUCUCAUCCGACAAGAGAGCUCCAGCUUCAGUGUGCCAGUUCUGCAUCCGCCCCGAGUAUACCUCCAAAAUGAUCAGCGUAGAGUCGAUGAUAUGACCUCACCAGUUCUUGAGAAAAGGACUCGUUACCCUCUCAGCUAUGACGACUUUGAGGCCUUUCUCAGACGACAGCGUGCAGUUGAAUACCUCAAUUUUUGGACAGACGUCACGGCGCAUGAACAACUGUGUAGGACCUUUGAUGUGUCGGAGCGCAGAUUCAAGCGGGAAUUGCAAUUAGAGGAUCGGGCUUUUGCUCGAGAUCGGCGGCGGCAGACCCUGGAUGCAGCAUUUGAAAAUGGCCGCUUCUCCCCCGACCCAGGAACCGUGCGAGCAGGAAUGUUGGGAGAAGGCCACACAACUGAUGCUCAAGGACUGAACAGCUCGAAUCUAUACAUCACCAGUCGCUCGAGCCUUCAGCUGCCCUUAAAUGAUCACCUGUCGUUUCCUCUGGAGACCCGACGGUACGGGCUCCAGGACUCUGCAUCACCCUUCCUACCCAUGCCCCCUUCUCUUGCUCAGCGUCGAGGAUCCGAACAACGACCCAUGGGCGCCUACAAUCGACUUUUGACUGGCGCAGGUGGGAGGAGAACAUCGCUGGAAAAAAGUCGUUGUUCUCUUGACGAGUUUCCUAUCGCAGAGCAGGAAGGUGGCGACUCUUCAGCCUCUACACCCAGCGUGCCCAGAAUUCGAACCCGUGGCUCAAUCGAUGCAUUCGGCAACUCUAGGCUGGUAGGGAGACGACCUUCUGCAACGGAGGAUCAUAUUCACCAUCGCCCGUCGGAACGACCCGCUGUAUCAUCCCCGCUGAACCCCACACGACCAGCGUUGCCCGAACAUACUGCUCAGGCAGAGAUUGACCAACUUACCCGAGCUGUCGAGGAUUCGAUCCAUUUCAGCCUUGGUCAAUCUCAGACUGAGAUGGCAGCGUCUGUGCCACAGGCAUCUGUCCAGUCCUUGAGGAUCGUCGAACCUGUCUUGGGGAGGAGACCCUCUGUUGCAAACUUUGAAGGGGGACAUGGCUCGUUGUUACCGCCACUCGCGAUCCGCCGUUCAGGAGAGUCCGCUUAUGCUCCUAGUUUUUACAGUACGGCGCACGAUGGGAGGGCUAUGCUUGCGCAGAGUUUCAGAACCAUCAGUGUAGAGGAUUUGGAAGAAUCCGUUUCACGGAUAUAUCGCAAGUACUUGAUCCAGCUCCGGACAAUGUCGAUGGCAGCAGAGGAGGAAGCUGCAGCAGCGGCGGCAGCAUCCAAGAAAGUCUCUGGCAACAAUCCAGUCGAGACGUCCAUUCGGAACAGUCUCGAGAAAUCAUUUACGCCUGGUUGGGACGGCUACGCGGAGCAGGUGAUCUCAGAGUGGAACGAAAAAUGGAGGCGGCGAGACUCGAACGUUAGAAGAGCGAGGCGUUCAUCUGCCAGGAAGAGUGUUUCUGGACGAGGAGCCUCUACUCCCCGACACGGCAUUGACCACGACCCUACCAGAACAGCAGGAGCAACAACAUUGGGCGGUGGUGUCAAGUUACCAGGGUCCUCGGAGAAAGGCCCUCUGGACCACGAUAGUCAAGGAAACGACAGUCAGGAUACUGAGCACACACCAAAUAGCGCAAAGCGACCCAACUUGAAGCGAGAGACGACCAGCACUGGUAUCACGGCGUUUUUGUCCAGGCUGUUGAGAACUGAGACAACGGUGGUGGAGUUGCCGACCCUAACCAUCAACAUGACGACUGUUGAGGAGGGCUAUGACUACGAGACGGAUGGGAGUGGUGAUGAAGAAGACGAUGAAUACGACAGCGACGAUGAGCAGGAAGAGGAUGAUGACAUGGAGGCAAUUCAGCGCAGGACUACGGAGACCAAGAAUGUCUUGCAAUUGGAUAUCAAAGCACCGGAACCCCUGUUCAAGAAGUACCAGAGCUAUGAACCUGCCUCGCCAUCGAACGUCACGGACGAGAACUACACCAAUACUGCGAAUGGCUCGCUUGCAGGAGACCGGGCUGUUUCUGAGACAGGCACACACGACUCUGCCAUCCCCCUCCAGUCUCUCUUCGCUCGACCUUCGAUUGACACCACGCGGCGUUCGUUGGCGCCGUUGGUCUCAACUGAUGCGCUUACACCGGUAACCGUCGCGUCACCCCAAACGCCAACACCAGCACCGGCAUUAGCACAGGGCAUGGCCACAACAUCAACAGCGAAAGAUGUCCCUCGAUCUUCGAUUGCCGGAUCAUCCAAUGUAGCAGCUUCGGCCAUUGCGGCUGCGUUCUACCUACCCUUGGAUUGUAGGCAGCGGAUCCAUUCACAAGUCCAGCAGGAAGGUCGGACCGAUGCCCCCCAUCUCUUUGGACCAGCCAAGAACUUUGUGGUGGACGUUGUGCUUCGAGAGCAUUAUUAUCCAUUAUUUUUGGAGUAUGUCAAGGCCCAGAACCUUGGGCUGCUGCAUGAAAGUCAUAUCAACAACAGGAUCAAGCGACAUGGGCAGAUUUGGCUUGGAGCUGCCCUGUGGGCUGUUGUUGUGGCCGUUCAGAUCACUCUGGUGAUGAUGGCGUGGGGUGGGUGGAGGAGCCCUUGGGUUUGGGUUGUUGGUAUUGUUGGAGGAUACCCUGGUUCGGUCUUCCUUGCCACCGGCCUCACCAAGUUUUCACCCAUCCUCGGACUCGUCGGCAAAAUUGCGGAGGAUAAGAGAGUGGUGCGAUUCAGGAGGACGUUGGAGUCAUCGAUUGUAAAGCUGCACCGCAAGAGGGCCCUGUGGAUGAUGUUUAAUAUUGUGGUCUGUUCUUCAGCAGUGACCGUUGCCUUUGCGGCAUUCCCCCAGCGCAAACAGCAAUAA